AUGCAAUAUACACGCCCAGGUGCGACUGGAUGGUCACGUGCGUGGCCGUACACUUAUGGAAGUGCUACUACCCUUCUGCGCAUUCAGGAGGGUGAGGGUAAGAACGGGGUAGGUAUCUUGGUUGAUAAGGACCUCCGUGAACUAGUGGUGGAGGUUAGGAGGGUGAAUGAUAGGCUGACAACUACUAAGCUAGUUGUUGGAGGUUUUACUUUGAACAUAAUCAGUGCGUAUGCACCCCAAACAGGCUUGGAUGAGGAAGUCAAGAGGCGUUUCAGGGAGGAUUUGGAUGAGAUGUUGCGGUAUGAUGAUGUGCAUGGUGUCUUUGGUUUUGGAGAUAGAAAUGGAGGAGGAACGUCUCUGCUAGACUUUGCUAGAGCAUUUGAUUUGGUGAUAGGAAACUCGAGUUUCUCGAAGAAGAGGGAGCAGUUGGUCACCUUCCGGAGUUCAAUGGCCGAGGCUCAACUUGAUUAUUUACUCUACAAGAAGUCCGAUAAAGGUCUUUGCAUGGAUUUCAAG